AUGGGUUCUAAGAUAUCUUAUUUAGCAGAGAAACGAGGAUUCGAAGAAAGAGAAGAGCAUCUAUCCGAAUUCAACCUUCUCCCUCGAGAAAUCAAAGAAAUGAUUCUGGGGAGAGUAGCAGAAGACACAGCGAACUUUUUUGAUUUCAAAAACUUUUGGAGAUUGAGACUCGUCAACAAGGAGUUCUACUCCAUCUUGAAUAGCAAACAUGUUAGACGUUUUUCUGUCAAGUGCCCUUGUUGGAUAUUGUUUCGACAACACCAUAUUGAGAAUGUAGCUAGCAUGGUGGUCCGCUUUCCGAUUGAUUUCACGAGGAAAUACCGUAACUUUGAAAUUGUGUUGGAUGAUUCUUACGCUUCAUACUCACAGUUUGAGAAGAAAGAACUCGAAAUGGACUGGAAAGAUGUUCCAGGAUACUUCAGAGAACGACCGUUUCGAAUAGAUCUCGUGGUCAUUGAACCUUAUAUAUCAACUGCUCAUAUGAUACCGGCUCUAAGAGAGUUAGCGAAUCAAACUUCCGAGACACUCCAAGUGAAAAUCAUGUUCCUUCAUCUCGAUCAGGUCGAACAACUCAAUCUGCGUUCAUAUGCCCAUGCCUAUCAUUUUGGUUUCUAUAGAGAAGAAUUUCUUCAGAAUGUUCUAAAUGAACUGAAAGAUAUUGUUAAAGCUGGGAAAAUCAAUAUAGGAUUCGAUAGCGAAUAUUAG